AUGUGUCUCAAUGGGUUAGCUGGCUCUCCAGCUCAUAAGGCCUAUAUGGCACAACAACAAGCCAAAUAUCAAAACUUCAACAAUGAUCCUAUCCCUAAACAAAUUGAUUCAAUCUAUGAAGAUAGAUUAAGACAAUUUAUUGAUGAAGGUCAAUACAAAGAUUUAAAUUUACCAAAAUUUUAUGAUAAUGAUAGAAUUGAUCAUACUAGAGAUGAAGAUAAUUUAGACAAAGGUUUCAUUGAAUUUAAAGUCCAUCCUAUCGAGGGGAAACAAAAUCGUCCUUUAUUUAAAGAUGUUAUUAAUGAUGAAACAAAAUGGUCAAAUGCUAAAAAAGGGGAUGUCUUUGGUCCAAGUUGGUCAACUUUUUGGUUUAAAUUUAAUAUUCAAAUCCCCCAGAAUUGGAUUGAUCAUGAACAAAUCAUUUUUUCUUGGGAUGCUGGUAAUGAAGGUUUAUUAUAUACAACUAAAGGUCAUCCAUUACAAGCGUUUACCGGAGGUGAUAGAAAUGAUUUUAUAUUACCAAAAGAAUGGACUGAUGGUAAAGAACAUGUUUUUUAUGUAGAAAUGGCAUGUAAUGGUAUGUUUGGUGUUGGUGCAGGUUCUGAUAUAGCUCCACCUGAUGAAAAUCGUUAUUUUACUCUAAAUACUGCUGAUUUAGUUGUACCAAAUUUAGAAGCUCGUGCUUUGAAAAUUGAUUUUAAUGAAAUUUCAGAUGCUGCAAGAGAAUUAGCUGGUGAUGGAUGGCAAAAAUAUAGAGCAAAACAAGUUGCUUUAGAAAUUCAAAAUUCAUUUGAUCCAAAUGAUGUUAAAUCUGUUACCAAAGGUCGUAAAAUUGCCCAAAAAUUCUUGGGGCCAAAUCCUGAUUCUGAAAAAGUUUUCCAUGAUCAUGCUCCAGGUUCUGAAAAUAAGAUUGAUGUUUAUGCAAUUGGGAAUUGUCAUAUUGAUACUGCUUGGUUAUGGCCAUUUGGUGAAACGAGAAGAAAAGUCGUUAGAUCUUGGACAACUCAAUUAGACUUAUUAAAUCGUUAUCCAGAAUAUCAAUUUGUUGCAUCACAAGCUCAACAAUUCCAUUGGUUAAAUCAAGAUCAUCCUGAUGUUUUCCAAAGGAUUCAAAAAUCUUCAUCACAAAAUCAAUUCAUUCCAAUUGGUGGAUCAUGGGUUGAACAUGAUACAAAUAUUCCAGGUGGUGAAUCAUUAAUUCGUCAAUUUGUUAAAGGUCAAAGAUUUUUCCAACAACAUUUUGGUUUUAGACAUAAGACUUUUUGGUUACCUGAUACUUUUGGUUAUUCAUCACAAAUUCCACAAAUUUGUCAAUUAUCUGGUUUAACAAGAUUUUUAACUCAAAAAUUAUCAUGGAAUAAUAUUAAUAAUUUCCCAAAUACAACUUUUAAUUGGGCUGCUUUAGAUGGUACUCAAGUCCUUACACAUAUGCCACCAGCUGAAACUUAUACUGCAGAUGCUAAUUUAGGUGAUGUUAAACGUUCAAUUGCAAAUCAUAAAAAUUUAACAUUAGAACAAAGUUCUUUAUUAUUAUUUGGUAAAGGUGAUGGUGGUGGUGGUCCACAACCUGAAAUGAUUGAUAAAUUACGUCGUUGUCGUGGUAUUUCAAAUACUGUUGGUGGAUUACCAACUGUUCAUUUAGGUCAUUCAGUUGAUGAUUUUUUCGAUCAUGUUUUAGAAACAACAAAUCAAGGUUCAAUUUUACCAACUUGGGAAGGUGAAUUAUAUUUUGAAUUCCAUAGAGGUACUUAUACUUCCCAGGCUUUUGUUAAGAAAUUUAUGAGAAGAUCAGAAAUUAGAUUACAUGAUUUAGAAUUUUUUGCAUCUUUAGCAUCAAUUUUAAAACCUAAAAACUAUAAAUAUCCUCAAGAAGAUAUUCAAAAUAUUUGGUCUGAUGUUUUAUUAUGUCAAUUUCAUGAUGUUUUACCAGGUUCAUGUAUUGAAAUUGUUUAUAAAGAUGAUGUUAGACCAAUGUUGAAAAAUGCAGUUAAAAAAGUUGAAGAUUUAACUAAAAAAGCUUUAUCUGUAUUAUUUGGUGACAUUGAAGAAAAUAAUAAUGCUAUUGUUCAAUCUAAUGGUAAAUUUGAACUUUUAAAUACUUUACAAUGGAUUAGAGAAGGUGUUGUUAAAUUACCAAAAUCUUUAUCAAAUUCUUCAUUAUUAGAGUCUAAUGAAAUUGAAAUUCAAAAAGGUUUUAAGAAUGAUUAUGUCUAUGUUUCCAAAGGAGACAAUUCAGAUGCUAUUGUUCCAUUAGCACCAGGUGGUAUUAAACAUCCAGCUCAAGUUUCAGAAACUAAAAAUGGUGAAUUCAUUUUAACAAAUGAUAAAUUAAAAGUUGUUAUUAAAGGUGGUGUUUUAAAAUCAUUAAUUGAUUUAGUUGAAGAUCGUGAAAUUUUAGAUUUAUCAAGUGGUAGAAAUAAACUAGGUGGUAAUCAAUUUGUUUUAUUUGAUGAUACCCCAUUAAAUUGGCAAGCUUGGGAUACUGAAGUUUUCAAUGUUGAUACUUUUAGAUAUAUUGAACCUGGUAAAGUUUCUAUUAAUGAAUCAGGUCCAUUAAGAGCUUCUGUUAUUGUUGAACAAAAAAUUAGUGAUGUUUCCACUAUAAAGACUAUAAUUUCAAUUGAUGGUUUACAAUCAUUAGACCAGGCAUCAACUAUAGAUUUUGAUUCAAAAGUUGAUUGGAAUGAAUCAAGAAAAUUCUUAAAAGUUGAAUUCCCAGUUGAUAUUCAUUCUGAUUUUGCAUCAUAUGAAACACAAUUUGGUAUUACAAGAAGACCAACUCAUUAUAAUACAUCAUGGGAUGUUGCAAAAUUUGAAGUUUGUCAUCAUAAAUUUGCAGAUUAUUCAGAUUAUUCAUAUGGUGUUUCAAUUUUAAAUGAUUCAAAAUUUGGUUUUGCAACUCAUGGAAAUUUAUUAAGAUUAUCUUUAUUAAGAGCUCCAAAACAACCAGAUGCAAAUGCUGAUAUUGGUGAACAUCAUUUUAAAUAUUCAUUAUUCCCUCAUAAAGGUCCAUUAUCCUCUAAGACUGUUGAAUUGGCUCACAAUUUCAAUUAUGAUGUUCAAACCCCAUAUUUCAUUAAACCAAAUGGUGGUGAUUUAAAUACUUCUGCAAUUUUGAAUUUCAUUCGUAUUAAAGGUGAUCAUAAUUUAGUCUUGAGUAAUGUUAAAAGAGCUGAAGAUGAUGAAGAUAUUUCAACAGGUGAAUUACCAAUUAAACAAACUGUGGAUGGUGGUAAAUCAAUUAUUGUUCGUGUUUAUGAAAGUUUAGGUGGUCAAGGUAGAGGUAUUUUAACUUCAAAUCAAAAAAUUGUUUCAGUUUCAAAAGUUAAUGCAUUGGAAGAUGAAUUAGAAACUUUGGAAUUUAAUAAAAUUCAAAAUGAUCAUUUUGAAGUUCCAAUCAAAUUAAGAGCUUUUGAAAUUGCAAGUUAUAAAUUAGUCUUUGCUUGA